AGAGAGAGAGAGAGAGAGAGAGAGAGAGAGACGCACACACACAGGGAGUUUUUGCCAUUCUCAUCCUCUGGAAUGCAAAGUCAACACACAACUGGAUGCACACGAGCAGACUGCAGAAGUUACGAUGCGCAUCUAUUUAUAGCACCUUCUGCGCAGUUUUCCUCUAAGCUGGCAUCACGCAGUACCUGUACGUUGGGAGUGAAGUAGUCCUCCGUCGGGUCUGAGGCGAAUCUCCUGUUCGGGAGACAAGCUUUGACUCAAGACUUUUUUUUUUGGUGUAAUUUUUUCCUCCCCGGAUACUUUUAAUUCUGCCGAGGCACUUGCUGGAGCUGUGCGCGCGUUCUGGAGCGGACAUGCCCGGGUGUAAGCGCGGAGGACGCCUGCUGCACUGCUCCGUGGCCCUGGUGGCCCUGCUGUCGCUGUGCACCGGGCUCGGAGACGCCGCCGAGGCGGCGGACACCGAGGACAGCGGGACGAUGGGCAAGCAGAGCGACCCCCGAGGCAGCAGGGCCAAGAGGAGGGGAGGCUCGGACGUCCUCAGAGGACCAAAUGUGUGUGGCUCACGGAACAGCGCCUACUGCUGCCCCGGCUGGAAGACCCUGACUGGAGGAAACCAGUGCAUUGUUCCGAUCUGCCGGAGUCCAUGUGGAGAUGGUUUCUGCUCCAGACCCAACAUGUGCACCUGCCCCAACGGCCAGAUCGCCCCGUCCUGUGGAUCCAAGUCAGUCCAGCACUGUAACGUACGGUGUAUGAACGGGGGGUCGUGUGCCGAGGACAACUGCCAGUGUCAGAAAGGCUACGUGGGAAACCACUGCGGUCAACCGGUGUGUGAUAACGGGUGUCUCAACGGAGGACGGUGCGUGGGCCCCAACAGAUGCGUGUGCACCUACGGUUUCACCGGCGCCCAGUGCGAAAAAGACUACCGCACUGGGCCGUGCUUCGCCUCGGUGCACAACCAGAUGUGUCAGGGGCAGCUCACAGGCAUCCUGUGCACAAAGACGCUGUGCUGCGCCACGGUGGGACGGGCUUGGGGUCACCCCUGUGAGAUGUGCCCGGCCCAGCCACACCCCUGCCGCAGAGGGUUCAUACCCAACCACCGCACCGGGGCGUGCCAAGAUGUGGAUGAGUGCCAGGCCAUCCCUGGCAUCUGUGAAGGAGGAAACUGCAUCAACACAGUGGGACAUCGACGAGUGUGA